AAUUACCACGCGAAAAUCUCUUGCGAUGUUUUUCUUUGUAUUUUUACUGCUCUCGGGAGUCGUUUAUGUUUACACUCCGACAGAUAUCACUCCGUUAAUGACAGCCGGUGGUGGAACAUGAGAAAUAGUCGUUCUUCAAAACUCCCCACCUGCUCUUCGAUUAAAAUCACUAUGCAACUGUGGAUCGACUCAUUUAAGUUCUCAGCUGGAGAAUUGUGAUAACUAAAUCGGUCGGGGUAAAGUUUGUAAACAUUGCAAACCAAAAAUGGCCUUUAGCAAUGAGUCGGCGAAUGCAGGGUUAAAUGUGUCGAAUAUUUUUCCCACACUUACACCGGUUACUGCUACUGGCCUGGGGCUAGAAGAAGAAGAAAUCGCCAGCAAUUCCACGUAUGUUUUCGACUUCGGUCCCAAGCGGGACUCGCUAUCUUCUGUCAUUCCCAUGACAGUAAUUUAUAUUGUCAUACUGAUAACGGGACUUGUGGGUAAUAUCUGUACCUGCUUUGUUAUCAUCCGUAACAAGCACAUGAGAACUGUGACUAAUUAUUACCUUUUCAGCCUCGCCUUAUCAGAUUUGUUGCUCUUAAUUGUAGGUUUGCCACAAGAACUUUACCUUUUGUGGAAUAAAUAUCCUUAUGUGUUUGGAGAGGCCUUCUGUAUCAUCCGUGGUUAUACAGCGGAAAUGUCGACUUAUGCGUCAAUUCUUACUAUAACCUUGUUCACUUUGGAAAGAUACUUUGCAAUAUGUCAUCCUUUGAAGACCCAUACAAUGUCCAAGCUGUCCCGGGCCAUCUACAUGAUAAUAGGUGUGUGGAUCUUUAGUUUAUUAUCAGCAACCCACGUGGCAUUGCAGUUAGGUGUUGUCUUCUAUGAAUACAAAGGUCAGAAAAUACAUGAAACUGCGGAAUGUACUUUGAAAACGCCACUUCAGCAUGCAUUUUUGGGUUCCACGCUGGCAUUUUUCAUCGUACCUAUGAUCGUCAUCUCUGUGCUGUAUGUCCAAAUUGGAAUGCAACUGAGAGAGUCUGACACGGUGAGUAACAACCGCUCAGAAAUAAAUAUUGAACAGAGUGAAACCUUAAAUGGGGAUAAUAAGCAGUUUUCUUUGAAAAAAGUCCAUCUGGCUAAACUGCUUAAGAGACAUUCGACAAGAAGUAUAAGAGGCUCGGCGUCUAGCUCAAGGAAGGCUGUGAUCAAGAUGUUAUUUGCUGUAGUGGUGGCAUUUUUUAUUUGCUGGGCCCCCUUCCACGCUCAGAGACUGAUGGCAAUUUACGUAGUCCACCAGACUCCAACCGCCGUCAUGAUCUACACUACCCUCACCCACAUCUCGGGUAUAACAUAUUAUGUGAGUGCAACCAUCAACCCCAUCCUAUACAGUAUUAUGUCCAAAAAGUUCCGGCACGCUUUCAAAAACACGCUGGCUCACUGCUGCAGAAAAAAUGGAUCUUACGAUCGGAAUUCUUUGAGAUACAGCAGCUAUGCCGGAUGUCAGACGAGUGUGGUGCGAGCCAACAACGGUUCAAAUUUCAAUAAUAAUUCCAGUUCGACACGAAAGAAAAAGCCACCGCCUGAAAAAGAAGAAAACAGGAAUGGUAACACAGAAUGGAGACAUUUAGCAAAUAAUAACGGAAUAAAAAGGGAAAGUGUUCUUAGUAUGGAACCAUGAGUAAGUUAAUGAACUACAGUGAAAUAGAGGAAUAAAAAAUAAAAAAUUUUGGGGAUCAUUACAAUUUUUAUGUGGGCCAGCAUAAAGGAAACAAUUCUGGUAAUUACAUAUUUUUGUCAUAAAGACAAAACUCAACAAAUUUGUUGAAAACUAACUCUGUGAGUUUACUUGUAAUAUUAGCGUCCUACUUUGAAGGUGAAAGCAGCAGAGAUUCGUUGAAUGAAUUAAUGGUGUAGAAAAUAUUUAAAAGAAGUGCUUUCUAAAUAUAUUAAACCAAAACUUUUACAUUCAAUGAUAUAUAUCUUCAGUACCUAUUUCACUUUAAAGUAUUAAGUAAACCAGGUUUAAUAUGUUCGUUUUGGAAAACACAGGAAUAAUUAUAUCUUAUAAUAUUUGACAUACAGACUGUGAUUACUAAAAGAAGUAGAAAAUGAGAUUCCAAGAAUAUCGAUUUCCUAUUUUUCUUGUGAUUAAAAAUAGACCGUGAGGCUCUGAAACCUGUGAAAGACUUAAGGAAAUGACAUAUAAAGUGGUGUUCAUUCAAUUUGAUAUAAAUUGUAUGGAGUCAUAUCAUUCUUUAACAAAUAAAUGAUUUUUUUUUAAUCUUUCAUUACAAAGGAUCAACGAAAUAUUAAAAAUUCUAAAAACAGCUCAAUUACUGUGCAGCCUGAUAUAUGAGACUUAUUCUGGAGCUGACGAUUUUUAAACAUGGUUAGAAAUAAAAUAGUAAAAACCUUUUUUACCAUUAUACUUUUAAAAAUAAAUAUAUUCAAAAGAGUUUAAAAUAUUUAUUCCUUUAAAACUCAGACAUUAAAUGUACUGGAAAAAAGGGGCGGGGAGUUCCCAUCAGAGUAUAAAUUACUGAGUUACAAGGAAUUCUUCAUAAAUUGAAUAUGCAAUAUCAGAAAUCCACAAGAGCAAUAGUUUUAUGUCACAUAACUUUACAUCAGGAUGCAAGUAACAUUAUCCAAAAUGACGAUUUUUAAUAUGUGGCAAAGCCAAAAGUAUUGAAUGAAAUGCCCCAGAUUUCAAAAAGACACAAAAACAACUGAAUUUUUAAAACCCUUGUCAUCAACAUACUGUAAUGCAAUGAUUUUAAUUUACUAUAUAUUUCAAGCAGUAAUUAUUCUAAACAUUUCUUCAACCUCUUUAAAAAAUGAUUAAAUAAAAACUGCAAUUAUACCAUCACCUUAUUUUCAGAAAUGCUCCUCUUCCUUUAUAGCUUUAAAAACUAAAUGGAAAUUAUACAAAUUUAUCAUAUAUAUAUAAUAUACAAUUUGUCUAUAUAAAAGGCUAUCAACUUAUUUUUUUAGAUUAACAUAACAAAUCUCAAGAUGCCCUCUUAAAGUGGGGUUUAUAUUAAAGAAACAAGAAAAUCGCUAUUUCCUUUUUCACAAUAAGUUAAAGAGGAAGGACAAUCUGUGAUCUACUUGGGACAUCCAUAUAUACCUAUUUAUAUCUGCCUUGAAGAUCUGUCUAGUUGUUGAUAAUGUACCAAUUAAUGCAAUAUGGAAAUGAAACUACAUAAAGUGCAAUUAAAAUUUUUCAGAUAUAAUUCAAUGCUUUAGAUGAACAUAAUGACUUUAUAGUACAACAGCCGAAUAAAAACUUAACUCUCAUUUGAUAAUUGCAUCAAUUUCCAUAUCAAAUACGAACUUUCAGAUUUAAUUUGCAUCAAAUCCAAAUACAUAGAGUGAAUUUUAGAUAAAAUUAUGUCUUGUAUCAACAACCUACUAUCUCAGAGUUACCUAUUUUGUAAAACCUGAUGAUAAAAUAUUAGCACAAAUUACAUGGAAGCACAAAAACAAUUUAGAAAUGAAGGUAAUCUGUGAUAAAAUUCAAAAUUUUUAAUAUCACAUUAUAAUAUUUUCUAUGAAUGCAAGGUAAAAUUGCUAGGAUGUCUAAAUUGUAAACAAUAAUAUGAUUCAAAGAGAUUAACUAAGAAAAGCUGUCAAAAAACAGGCAUUAAAUUUUUAAGAUUCACAGGAAUUUGAAAACUGUAUAUUUAUUUUAACUUUUAACACUCAAUUAAUAAUGUCAAAGAUCCUCAAAAAAAUUAAGGAUUCUUUAUGCAAAAAUAUCUUCUUUCCCUUCUUCUAAAGAUAAAAUCAAUGGCCUCUUAUCAUUUAAAACUAAUCUUGUCUUCUUUUAAUGUCAAAUUCAACUAUUGCACAACAACAGGAUAAGAAAAUAAAAUGUAUAGAAUUAUCUAAAAGAUAGUUCAGCACGUUGUGAAGUCCUAAUGGUUAAAAGGUGGUUCAAGCUUUCCAUAAAUUUAUUCCAAAUGAUGAAAUUCUUCUAUGACAUCUUUCAGUGAUAUGUGCUAAAGAUGCAAUAAUGGACAUUGAUAGAUAGGAUACAAGAGAAAAAAAAUAAAAGGAUGUUACAAUAAAUGGUAUUUUUUUCAAUCCAAAUUAUAUAUAAUUAAAUUGAAUCCAAUUUAAAAUAAUAAAAUUCAAUCAAAUAUUGAAAAUUUUAUAUAUUUUAAAUUCAGUUUAUCUUGACAUUUUAUAUGCAAGUUCAAUACCUGCUGAGAGAGACACCAGCUGACACCUGAUAUUAAUAGGUAUAUUUCAAUAAUUCUUGCACAAAGCAGUCUCCAUGUUCCCAUUAAUGUGCUUAAAUAUCUAUUAUUUUUAAUUAAAUAAGCAUUAUAACAUUAUACACCAUUUUUGCAUAACUGGUAAAAAAAAUUCUAUAUUUGAGCAUUGUUGCUUAUUUGUUUGUAAAGCCUAGUUAUUAUACAUAAGGGAUCAAUUUGGGGUAUGUGGAACAGUGAAAAUAGAUCCAGGAGUCGCAAGUAAAAAAAAAGGUCGAGGAAUGGUUAAAACCUUUUGCAUGUUAACACUAGGGUGAAAAUAUAAAAUCUUAAUCUGUUCAUUGACAGCUCAUAUUCAAGUAGAAGAAUACUAGUGGAACAGCCUUUAGGAAUAAAGAAAUGUUGAUACAAUUUUAAUGUAUUGAAAUUUUUUAAGUACAUGCAGUGUAUAUUUCAUGAUUCUAAAGUUAGGGAACAAAAAACAAAUCCUGUAUAUGUUAUUUUAUUUGUUAUUAAAGAAAUCGUGAAUUAAUUCUUACGAGAAUGUCAUGAAAAAUUGGCCAGCACAAGAAAAGAGAAUAUCAAGAAAAGAAAAAGCUUGUUCCAAGAACUUUUAAAUUCAAGGAUCAAUUUUAAAUGUUGUCAUUCAAAAAAAUAUACCAAAGAAAUUCUUCAGCCACUAUAUCCAAUGUAACAUUAUACUUGUAUACAGAAAACAGAUGUCUAAAAAUCACUUGUUGAAUGUGACAUUAGAAUACUGCAACAUUUACAUGAAUGAUACAAGAAAUGAAGGCUUCAAGAACAGGUGUAAAAACAUUGAUUCAAGAAUUCCUGAUCGAAGAAGCUAUUUUAAAUAUUAUGUCAACAAAAAUAAAAGCCAAAGAAAUUCUUUGAACAUUGAUUUGUAUUACCAUCAGACUAAUAUGACAGAUAACAGUUCAACAGAAGAAAAACUCAGCUGCAUUCUGAAUACAUGACAUGUGAAUAUGACACUAGUUACAAUGAAUAAUAGAGGCAGUUAUAUCCAAUACAAAAAAAAUGUAAAGAAAAGAAUGUACUACAUCAUUUCAAAACAACUUUUCAAACACUUAAGUGUAUAUAGUUAGUAUUAAUUGAUACCAAAGCCCCUAGAAGGAACUUGAGUUUGAUAUUGAUGUCAAAGGUUAAUAUCCUGAAUAAACUAAACUUCUCCAAUUAAAAUAUUAUUUAUACUUUUCUUAUUUUUCUUGUGACUGAAAAAGCUUCAAUUUUUAAAGUAUACUUUUUAUAUUGUUCAACUUUAAACUUUUUUAAAGUUCCUAUGUAUGUUUUAACUUAAAUAUAUUGAAGGAAUUUACUCUGGAUAUGGCAA